CCUGGGUUCAGAACACUUUGAGAGAGCCCUCGACCAAUGAACCCUAAUCCCCCAAAUGCAGCAGAAUCUCCAAGCACUCCAAAGCCCUGCCAAAUCUGCACAGCUUCCUGCCAAAGCCGUGGGCUUCGAUCGCAAAUCGCCAACCGCCUCUCGGGCAACCCACCGAUGGCGCGUCACGCAGUGGCCGCGGCAUGGCUUGCGGUCGCAGUGAGGGCCGCGACGGAUGUGCCCUUGGCAACCUUUGAUGGAGCAGCUGCGAGCAGCUUUGAAUUCAAGGAGCUCAACGAUCCAGUGAUGGGCGGCCAGUCUCACGGGACUUGGCACGUGGAUCAGCAGCAGAAGUUGGGCAUCUUCGACGGUGAGGUCCUGGAUGUGCCAAGUCUGAAAGCUCCAGGCUUCAUUAAGGCAGCGGCAGACGGCCACUUUCCCGACGCCUCCGCCACGGCGCAUGGGGGACUGGUGCUCAAGUUGCGGAGUAGCACACCCAACUAUGAGGGCUUCCGGGUCUCCUUCGCCAGUGGCACGUCGUCGCCUAGCUACGCUUGCGCCGGGGGCGGCUCCAUCCCCCUAAGCCGUGGCUGCUUCAAGGCGAAGUUCCAGGUGCCUUCCGCGGGCAAUAGCAGCUUUGCUGAGGUGCUCCUUCCCUGGAGCGCCUUUAGCGACAAAUGGAGCCCGGCCACCGGUGAGCAGACCUCCACCUGCGCAGAGGACCCGAGCGUUUGCGUGAGCGCAUCGACCUUGUCCAAGAUCCGGCGUGUGGAGCUUUGGGCCGAGGGGGCGCUGGGGAAAGUGCACCUAGAGGUGAAGUCCAUCGUGGCCCGUCCAGAUCAGCUGGCGCUGGGUGGUGUGCCCUCUCAGUAUGAUGGAUGCGGCAAACCGGUGCAGAGGAAGCUUCGCUACAACGUCUCCAGCCGGAAGGAGCCCACCGUGCCAGUGCCUGUGGACCCCUCCGAGAGCCUGGCGGAGGCGGUGUGCUGCGACACCCGCACCAAGGUCUAUGCCGAGCCGCAAUUCCUGUACCAGGCUCCAGAUAUUGCGCUCUUCAAGAGCUUGGAGGGAGUCACCACUUUCUAUGACUCUGUUUGCGGGCUACCACUCUUCAAAGCGCCAGUAAACAGGAGCAUGGCGGACUUCAAGGCUGAUACGGAUGAACAUGGCUGGCCAUCGUUUCGCAAGGAGGAGGUCUUCUCAGAGCACGUGAAGGUGGACAAGGAUGGCUUUGUGUAUUCCUCUUGCGGCACACAUCUGGGGAGCUACUUGCCCGAUGCUGCGGGGCCGCGCUACUGCAUGGAUUUGUCCUGCAUUGCAGGCAACCCAGUGGACUUCGUGGUCUAGAGGAAUUGGUCUCUUUCGCCAGACAGGGGACACCGACAGCUUGGAAAAAAGGUCAAUGAGUUCACCGUUCACCUUUUGUUGUUUGAGAGUGGUGGUCCCGGCGUCCCCUGCGAGACAUGCAACAGACUGAACAGAGGAACAGGGUCCAGAUUUCUUGGAAGUCAGUCUUCAAUGUAGCGUAGGGCAC